AUGCAAGGCAAUAUACCAAUUAAAGUUCAUAUUAAAAGAAUUGCAUAUACCAUACACACAGGAAUCUGUAUUGUGCUGGUGGGUGUGACCGUGAUUGCCCCCACCACAACAACCGAUGUAGUCGACGACAGAGCCAUUGCUGACACAGAGAGUGUUACCAAGUUCUCCAGACGGCCCACUUUAUCGAUAGGCGGUAUAUACUUAAAAGCCAAUAGCGAGAUGGAUAUGUUGUUAGUCGUGCGCUACGACAGGUACGCUUUCAGUAUAUGGACCCUGGUAUCACACGAUGUGACCCCAGAUAACGAGUACCAACUGAUCCGUAGCAAAAGCAAACUGCAACAACCCCCACAGACUACGGAAAACACGCCAUUAAUCGCUCCGGUCACUGUUAUGGGUCUUCCGCUCAAUCCUCUGCCCGAUCCGGUUACCAUGCGAACGGUGAACGUGGAUCUGGCGCAUCUCGGCAGUGUGUGA